AGUUUUGGAUGUAGGGUUAGCAGGAGAACUCAAUAACGUUUUAUGUACGUUAAGGGGCACUCCAAAAAUCAUUCCUUCUUGGUUGGUGACUACUUUAUCUUUGUCUUUGCGCUUUGUCCCUUUAUCGUUUUGCAUGGUCAAGUUUCGUGACGUUCAGUACAAUCAAGCUGUUUUCUUCAGAUAAAUUAUAGCUUGUUUUUAGCUUAGCUUUAGCUUAGCCGUUUAUCGUCCGCCGUGGAAAAGACUAUUAUCCUUUUACUGACUAUGGGACAACCGUUUCAGACUCCGGUAGGUUGUUUAAACACUGUUCGUAGAUAUUUAUGGCAGCGUAAUAAAACUUACAAAGCAAUAGUGAGGGAUAGAGGGGCUCAGCUGCGAUAACAAGCGUCUGCCUCGGUCGCCAUCUUGGCCGGCCUUUUGACUUUAAUGUUAUGAGCGAUCGAGCAGCCCUGUCCCAAGAUGGCCGCCAUGUGGCGACGUUGCUCCCCAUAGGCUGACAGCCAUAGAUAUAUACAAACGCUAGAUGUCUCAAGACGGAGGCUGAAUCCCAAACCGCCCCCUACACACUCCCCCUCCACUACCGAGUGUCACUCCAAAAGAAGUCACACUCGCAGCUGUGGAGGGCACCUAUUAUUGAAGGGGGAGGGUAUAAAUACGAUCGUCAGGAAUGGGACGCCCUGUCGCCUCACCGGAAAACGGAAGACGUCAUCGCCAUGGUAACACAAAGAUGCCUACUGUCAUGGCUGUAGCGCUGUGGCACAGGUUGCAACUAACAAGGAUCGCUGCUGCUUCCAGAAGACGAAAGCGUCCCACUUUUUUUCACUCACAUGUUUUCCAAUCCUAUUAUCUGGCAUUUCAAAUCCAACAAAUGAAUGAAUAAAUUAAUUCUGUCAGUUGUGUUCAAAUUUUAAGGUGUCAGGGGGUGCACAAUUAAAUCAAACGUCAGCGGAGAAGAAGAUUUGUUUCUUUUGAUUUAUCUUUUUCACCACUCUUUUUGUGAUGUUCUGUCACUGUGAAAAAGGUGUGGGAGAAAUAAUGGACGAAUGUGGAACUCGCAUCAAUAUGUUGUUUCCUCCUUCAUUUCGACGUUGCACUUCCUGAAAAAAUUGUCCAGCGUGAGCAUCGAUGCAGACUCGCUAUUUAAGGGCUGAACAGUCCACUCUCCCUCCGCACUACGCGGUUUGGUACGGCCCUUAAUAUGGAGGACCCUCCCCUGGAACGCGUAAACGGAGGGGUAGUGUGUAGGGAUAGUGUGUAGGGGGCGGUUUGGGAUUCAGCCGAGGUCUCUGCUUCAUCUGCUUAGUGCUGAGUGUAUUGUCUUCCGGCCUACCCGCCCGACUAGUUCUGGACCAAUGAGAGGUCUGACAGGCGGCGCUGGACCAAUGAUCUGCCGUGAGAGACUAUUCCGCUGCUGAACCCUCCCGUCCAAUGCAGUUUCUCUCAUUUUGGCGGCUGAGCAGAAAACAUGGCGGAAAAUUUGAACGAUUGCAGGGUGCCCUGCAAGAUGUCCUGGGAUGAACUAGAAGCCAUGUGUCGCCUAGAGAGGCUGCACAAUGAUCAGCUUGGAGUAAACAGAGCCAACGUGAAUGAGUAUGAAGUGGAGUUCCUCUGUGACUACAAGAAGACUAAGGAAGAGGAGUUCUAUCUUGUAAAAUGGAGGGGCUUUCCAGAAUCUGAUAACACCUGGGAACCCAAGAGGAACCUCAGAUGCCCUAAACUGAUAAAACAGUUCCACCUCGACCUGGACAAGGAGCUGAGGCGCCACAAGAGACGCUGCAUCCCUAAAAAGCUAGAUAAAGAAAUUGCCUUGUUUCUGCUCCAGAAAGCCAAAGUCCGUCAAAGUCUGCAGCGCUGGGAGGCUCAUUUGAAUCAAACUCGCAAUCACCCAGGCCGCAUUUUUGUCAUAAAUGAUGUGGACCUAGAGGGCCCUCCAAAAAACUUCACCUACAUUAACAACUACAAAGUAGGUCAGGGCAUUGUGUUAAAUGAGAUGGCUGUGGGAUGUGAGUGUAAGAACUGUUUGGAAGAGCCAGUGAAUGGCUGUUGCCCUGGGGCCUCCCUGCACCGCAUGGCCUAUAACGACAGAGGACAGGUCCGUAUCCGGCCAGGAAAGCCUAUAUAUGAGUGUAACUCCCGCUGCAGCUGUGGGCCCGACUGUCCCAACAGAGUGGUGCAAAAAGGCAUUCAGUUCAACCUGUGCAUCUUUAAGACAGAGGAUGGCCGUGGAUGGGGUGUCCGCACACUGCAGCAUAUCAAGAAGAACACAUUUGUCAUGGAGUACAUUGGAGAGAUCAUCACAACAGAUGAGGCAGAAAGGAGGGGUCAUGUGUACGACCGCCAAGGCUCUACAUACCUGUUUGACCUGGACUAUGUGGAGGAUGUGUAUACGGUGGAUGCCGCUCACCAGGGAAACAUCUCUCACUUUGUCAACCACAGUUGUAAUCCCAAUCUCCAGGUAUUCAAUGUUUUCAUCGACAACAUUGAUGAGAGGCUUCCAAGAAUUGCUUUAUUUUCAACACGGGCUAUUCGGGCAGGAGAGGAGCUCACCUUUGACUACAAGAUGCAAAUUGAUCCAGUUGACACAGAAAGUACAAAAAUGGACUCUAGUUUCAGUCUUGCGGGGCUCCCCAGCUCUCCCAAGAAGAGGAUUCGAGUGGAGUGUCGUUGUGGAUCAGACUUGUGUCGAAAAUAUCUGUUCUGACACGGAUCUCAAGACUUAUUCGUGUAAAGAUGUGGAAGAAUUGUACAGAUUUUUUUAUAUAUAUAUAUAUAUAUUUUAUGUUAAUGAAAGUGGAGACUCACUGCCACAUUUGUAAUGUGAACAUGGAUCUUCCUAGAUCGAAACCAGACUUUCAAAUGGGUGUUUUUUAAAAAAAAAAUUAAUAGCUUUUUCUUAGAACUGAAAACUGCAUCAGUGCGUUAUAUGAGUACUUGAUUGCAAUGACUUUAGACAUUUUCUCCGUCCCACUUAAAAUUGCAGACAAUACAAAAAUAAAUGAGUAAUUUAAAUCCUCAUAGUGCAUUUCAUCAAGUACAGGAGCACUCUAAGAUGUAUUCUACAAGUACAUGUCAGGUGUUUUUUUUUUUUUUACUGCUUGGGUCUUAGUUUUUAAUUUUAACAGUCACAGUGCUUUGAAAAGCAAGUAAAGAAACGCAAGCAGUCAGAUUGUCAGGAAACAAACCUAAGUUAUACCUAUAUUUUAAGCUCCCUUUGUAGACUUAAUAGUUUGCAACAGUUUAUUCAUUUAUUUUGUAGCAUCUAGUACUAUUCUGUCAAAAGGAUGGCCAAAAGAACAAAAAAUUGAAAUACUGUCAUAAAUUGGAAUUUGAUUUUAAAUGAUUGUACCGUUUACUUUGACAUUGUUGUCUUGAAAUUUAGCACUGAGCUCAGAGGAGAGUUUGUCAUUCUUAAAUGGUUCUCUUUUGUAUUUUGUCAUGAAAGGCUCUCAACAACAGUCACCACAACCUACUAAGCUGAAAAGCAACCAUAGUGAAAGUACAGUAGUUUAGUUUUGCUCGAACAAAUUUGACAAGCUUUUAUUUUGGUAUUGCAGUUUAUAGGCCAAAUUUGGUGUUAUCCUCUAUCAUUUCCCUGUUGUCUGGACUCAUUUGUUCUUUUGGCAGACAUGUUCAUCAUCUCUGGGCAGGGCUUAACUGUCCAACAUUAAAUAGGAUUUUUUUAUUGUUGUUUUUCUGAGAGAUUUAACAUUUUGUAGUUUAAUAUGUAAAUUAUAGUGCAUUUUGUUACUUGUUUCCUUCAGUGUCAGUUCAGUUUUCAUUAUGCUCCAGGUGUUCUGUUUAGUGCAUCAUGGUUUCGGUCCCCUGUAUGCUUCAAAAGAUCUUUUUUUAUGCAAUGUGGCAAGUCGAAGUGUCUUUGACUGUUCUGUUCUGCUUGCAUCCCACUGCCCUUCUAAUGUUUGCUCACGAACUCUGUUUCUUUUGUACAUAUUUGUAGUCUUGAUGAGAUGAAAUGUGUAAUGGAGCGGAAUAUCAUAGUCACUGCUGGUGUUAGGUGUGUUGGUUUAUCCCUAAUUGAUCAGGUAAAAUGAUAGAUGUUUGAAUAGAAGGUGUGAAUGUUGUAUUCUCUAUUUUCACAUGUCCACAUUAUCUCCAAUAAUCCUCACCAACUCCACCACAAUGUACCAUCAGAAGAGGUUUUUCAGAUGAUGUGACAAGGAUUUUCUCUAAAGCACAGUGUGACUUAUGACUAGCUUUUAACAUGUUGCAUGUAAUGUGCCUCUUCAAAGGAUGUAACUUAUGAGAUGAACUUAAACCUGCAGACAUACUGCGGGGAGCGAGUGAUCCUCACCUUAGCUAACUCUGCUGCUCAGUCAUUUUGUGUGUUUUGUGUAUGCAUACUACAUAUGUGCUCUGUCCUUUUUUUUUCCUUUUUCAAUGGCAAUAAAGGGGGAGGAAGUUUAGGCCAUUUGAAAAAUCA